AUGACAGAAAUUUUAAAUUUACAUUCAAAUGCAAAAGCAUAUCAUGAUAAAGAUGUUUCAUCAAAUUAUGUUAAAGGUCGUCCAUCAUAUCCAAUUGAAGCAAUUAAAAUGUUAAAAGAAGAUUUAGGAUUAACUAUUGAUUCAAAAAUUAUGGAUUUAGCAUGUGGUACUGGAAAAUUUUCAAAAAUGAUUUGUGAAGCUGAUUUUAAAAAUGUGGUUUGUGUUGAACCAAGUCCAGAAUUUCGUGUUGAUUGUUCAUAUGUUUUAAAAGAAUUUAUUGAUGAUAAAAAUAAGGAUAUUCAAGUAGUGAAUGGGUUAGCAACAUCAUUACCAUUUGAAAAUAGUACAUUCGAUUGUAUAUGUGCAGCACAAAGUUUUCAUUGGUAUGAUAAUGUUGAUGCAAUUAAAGAAAUUACAAGGGUACUUAAACCAGGUGGUGUUUUAUACUUAAUUUGGAAUAAUUUAUCCGAGGAUGAUAAUCCAAUUUUUCAAAGUACAAUGGAAUUAUUCAGAAAUAAUAAACAAUAUACAGAUGACAAUUCACCAAAAUUCAGAACUGGUAAAUGGAAACAAGUCUUUGAAGAUAUUAAAAAUGAUGAAACUCUCUCAAAAACUUUAAUUGAUCCAAAUUUACAAUUAAGAAAAUUUAAAAAUGAACAAAUCACAAAUUGUGAAAAAAUAAUUGCAACAACACUUUCAAUUUCUUUCAUUGCCUUAUUCCCUCAAGAAAAGAAAGAUAAACUUGUUUCAAUGAUUAAAAAAAGUUUAGAUUCACUUGAAGAUUCAAAAGAUAAUAAAGAUUUUCCAAUGAUUUAUCAAACUGAGGUUUAUUUUACAAAAAAACCAAUUGUUUAA